AUGCCUCAAACUUAUCCGGGUUCGCAACGACCUUCUACAGCGCCCCGACAAAAGUCAGGACCAACACCGUUAUUUCUCGGUUCUGGACAAUCAAGCAAAUUCCUCUCACCGUUUCAAGAAGCUCGCAUUAACAGCUGGAGAAGUGGUGCGUCCAAUCCUCCACCUUCAGGACCUAAAUCCAUCAAGGUCAAAUCUGCUCCUGCGUCCAUCAACAUCGCAUCGAGCAAGGCAAGUAGUUGUACUUGCACUUGCAACUGUACUCAGUGUGGUAGUCAUGGAGAAUGUCAAACUUGCGGUGGUGGUGUAACGAGCUGUUCUUGUUCCCUUCAAUCGCCCAAAUCUAAAUCAAGUCAAAAAUCCAAGAGAUCAAGUAAUGGUCCUAACACUCAUGUGAAAGGAUAUUAUUCAUCCCAUCGUAAACAAGCUAAUCCGAGACCUGAACCACCUUUACCUGUAUCUCCAAAAUCACCAAUCAAUUUUGCCGUCUUGAAAGCUCCAGAUAGACUCGAUCUGCCUACUCCCGAACAAGUCCGUAGUCAUCAGGUAGGGGUAUUACCUCCUAUCCAAUGGCCUCCAGCUCCAGGACAAGAAAUACCAAUGAGAGAAAUGGCAAAACCAGCAAAAGAGCCUCCUGUACCUAGAAUCGCUGGAGCCAGAGACCCCGUCACUCAAAAUUAUUGGAGACAGAUGUUCCCACCUCAUGCUCCCCUGCCAAUCAUGGGGCCAGGCUUACCUCCAGCUAUAGGUAUGAUACCUGCACGUCCCUGGGGUCCCUGA